CUAUGGCGCAUUCCUACGGUGGGUGACGGUGACGGCCGACAGCUCAUCGUUUAUUAUUUUCAUUUCGAUGAUUGUUUCUUACCUUACCCACUUUGUAUUUUCAACUGUACUAACUAGUGUAUCGCUCUUAUAAUAUCAAAAUGUGGGAUCCAACGCAUGUGCAAGUUACUGUUCAAAGAGCGCGGGGACUUCUGAUCAAAGGUAAAAACGGUACGAAUAACUGUUUUGUGACCAUAGCCCUAGGCAAAGAAAAAUUCCAAACUUCCGUCAAACACAAAGCUACUGAGAGUGUUGAAUGGUUAGAAGAGUGCGAGCUGCACAUUCCCUCACAUGGAAAUACAGCUGAAAUCGUUUUAAAGGUUUGGGAUGAAGAUUUUGUAAAAGACCAUUUACUAGGUCAAGUAUCGAUUCCGUUAAAAGACCUCGAUGUCUACGAACGACCAAGAAACCGCUGGUAUUCUCUUCAGGGAAAAGCUGGAAAAGAAAAUGACAAGAAAAGGGGUGAGUUGGAGGUCAAAAUUGGCUUCACUGUGAAAGAAGGAAGUCUAAAUGACCUUAGUAAAAAAGAUAAACAUAGGUCUUCUUUGUCUAGCAUCGCCCAAAAUGUUGGAGGCAGUCUUAUGAGCAUUGGCAGUAUUGAGAAGCGUAAAAGUAUUAAAAAGUUUGCCAAAACCCUUGGAUCUAAAAUAAAUUUGAACAAAAAAGAUAAAAAGAGUGACUCUUCCUCUCUUAGUGAUAGCUUGGGAAAUUUGAAAAACUCUGCAGUUUCUACUCCAGAGCACUACACUCCAAAAUCUUUUGAACCAAGACUUCCUGCAGAAGCAGACCCAGGUGUAAUAAGUGAAGAUGAAGAUGAGUUUGCAUUUGAUGAUUUAUCUCAUAAAAGUUCUGCAAGUUCACUCAAUGUUCAUACAUUGCCACGUGGCCACAAAUACACACCCUCACCUGUAAACGCUUCUUUGGAAAACUUGGGUGGAGGAGAAUUUCUCAGACGAUCUACUAGUAGUAACUUGGCAAACCCUGAAAAAUCUGUGCCUCAGAAACCAGUUCGCUUGAAUUUGGAUACAUUCACUCCUCCUCAAACCAAAACUCAAAUUAUAGAUAAAAAUGAUGAAUGGUCCCAAAAAUUAUAUCCUCGUUCAAAGUCCAAUAGCCAAACAUUUAUUGAUAAGGAGAAAUCAUCAAGUCUAGAGAGAAACAAUAAACUUGAUAGCCCAAGUUCUUUAAAAGAGAAACCAAGUCCCAAAUUCUUUAAGAAAUUUGGUAAUAAUAACAAACCCAAAAAGUUACUGGAGGAGCGUAUCAUUGUUGGAGAGGAGAACAUUGUUGAAGAAGAUUCUAUAAACCCAGCAUACAACAGCAUUCCUAAGACUGUGUUGGAACAGUUUGAUGGAAAAUCACGAGAAGAUCUCAUUGUACUUAUAUACAAUCUGCAGAAAGAUGCUGAAGCAGAGAAAAAGAAAAACAAGGAUCUAGAAAAUUAUUUAGAUGACCUCUUGUUGAGAGUGAUGGAAACAACACCCAGAAUCUUACAAAAUCCAUAUGUUAGAAAUAACAGCAUGCAUAUAAGAAAUAAGUAACAGGUUUGGCAGACAUUACACAACCAAGUAUUUCCACUUGCAUGAAUUAAUGAAAUCAUAAUUAUGUUUGUGUGGUCUCUUUACAAAAUGUUUGCUUUUCAUUUUUUAAUUCUUUUUGAAUAGUUUCAUAACUUUUUAUGGGUAUGUAAAAUAAUAAAUAUCAAUAUAAUAAUAAUGAUAAAGUCAUUUGUUGUGCAUGAAUGAUUUGUCUCUGUACAAGUGGUGAAAGCAGCUAAAAUUGAGAAACCAAAAUGGCAGACGUGUGAUAUUUUGGAUUAUACUUUCACCACAUCCUCUUUUAAGUCUUGUCAUGUUUGAAACUUGUGCCUUAAUAUGUAUCUGUGAUAUAGAUUGGUCAAUAAUACGAUUUUAGUAUUCAAAACUUUCCAUUUCAUAUAGAUUUUUAUCACUCCAGUUUAGUGGGCAAUUAUAUGACAACAACAAAAGUGAACAUGUAAUGAACCUACUUUUUGUUAUGUUACAGAUAUUUUUUUCUGUGCCAAAUUUUGAAACAUUUUUAUAUCAAUAUGAUUAUACUUUUGUAUUUCAGCAUACAAGCAAUAAUUUCUUAAACUCUAUACCUUCUUUAGUAAACUGAACAUUGGUAGAGCAAGAUGUUUUUAGAGGUUGAUAUCAUUUCAUUAUAACUAAAUGAAGAUAAUUGUUUAACAAGAUACCAUGUUGAAAAUGACUCACAUGCAUUGUAAUGUGGUGACUAAGAAUCUUGUUACAUGUUAUAAUUUAAUAUAGGUAUGAUAAACUUCCAUACAAAGCAUGAAUAUUUAAUGUGCAAAUAGAUCUGUCCAAAAUUAUUAACUUAUCUUACAUGUCUUACAUUAAAAAACAUUAAGAACUUAGUUAAGAAAUAUUAAUUUUUGUUGUGAUUCUAAGGAGGUGUCUGGUUAGUGCAAAAACAUCCAUUCUUUAUUAUAAGUAUGCCAAUGUGCAAUAUCAAGUGAAUAAAAUAUUCCAUUAGUACUAUAGAAGCUUUUUAAAUUAAAAGUAGAGUAUAUUUAUGCUUAUUUCAAGAGCAUACAUAUAAAUAACACGAAUAAAAUUAGAAACUUUCCACAUAUAAUACAAUAAUUAAUUAAUAAGUGUCAUAGCAGUAUGUAUGAAAAUUGCAUAUGUAAAGUAUUAGAAAUAUGUUUAUAAUAAAAAUCAACAAAUUAUUAUCUUUAUAAAGUUUAUUAUCUGAAGAUAAUGUGAUAGUGAACAUUCAAAGACAAACAGAACAAAAUAGGUUGUAUUAUGUUGCUGCAAUAUAGAAGUUUGUUACAUUUUAAUUUUAAGAUGUCCCUAAUAUUCUUUAUUCAAUAUUUUUUCCAAUAAACUUUUUGUGAAAAUACCUUGCGUCUGUAUCCCAGGCAUAUUAUAAAAAAUAAAUAGUAGAAACAGAUUAUUUAUUUUAUAAAAUAAAUUAGUGUGUACUCCAUGUAUAUUUUUUAGUUUUCUUUAAUAAACUACUUACUCUUAAGUUGUUAGUAAACCUGUAUCUAAAGUUAAGAGAAAUGUAUGUUUAUUUUGGAACUUGGUUUUUCUAACUUAUAAAUUUUGUUUAAAACACCUAUUUGUUUGUAAAAUAAAAAUAUAAUUAAACAUGAAAGAA